AUGACGUCGCGAUCCGCGUUGGCCAGCAUACCCACGGCCGUGGCGGCGUGCGCGUCGUCGUGCGGCGCCACUCUCGCCGCUGCGGCAGCGCCGCUCCUCGUUGCAUCCGAUCCCUUCGCCGCGUUCGAUCAGCGUGAGUUGCGGCGAGUAGAUCCUGCUCGCUGCUCGUUGACGACCGCUGCUUCCCCAUCGGAGCAGACGGCGACCGAACAAUCUCGAUCGGUUCUUUUCGAGCAUCCGCACUCCCACCCGCCCGCCGCUCCCGCCGCUCCGGUCUCAUCCGCUGCGUUCGUUUCUUCCCCGCUCGUAGCCCACAUCCAAUCGCGCUUCGCCGUCGCUCCAGCUUCCACAGCCGUCCGUCCGGGUUGCAGUGGUUACCACCACAUUCUCAGCAGUGACGUGGCUCGCUCGCUCCUUCGCCAGAUCUCGCUGACGUCAUCGUGGCCACCUCAGCGCAGAUUCAGCGGGUGCAGAGCAGCGGUAUCAACGGCUAGCUUUUCCUCCGGAUCAACGGCUGAAUCAGAUGCUGGAUCGACGGCUAGCAGCGACCGGAAGGAUGCGGGAGAGGAGGGCGGGUCGGCAGUAUCCGGGGGAGGUGGGUUGUCUGACCGCGAGGUGCUGAGUUUAGCUACUGACGAUCUUGCACAGUCGCACGAAAGCGAAGAUGACUAUAGCGAGGCACGUGAGGAUGGCGCGUCGAAUGAUAGCGACGUUGAUGCGAGCGCGCAGGAAUCAUCGGAUGUGGCGCGGAGCAGCGACGGCGGGGGAAGCGCGGAUGCCCGCGCAAUGGGCGAGGGGAGACAGGCGGAGGCGGACGCGGCAGCGGAGCAGGCGGCGGGGCUGGCGACACUGGCGGAGCUGUACGAGGCGCAGGAGAAGCUCGCCAGGAGCGCGCGCUUUCGCGAAUCGGUUGCGCUCUUCCGCGCGUGGAUGCGCAAGGACAAGAGCGCGGGCGCAGGGGGGGGCGCAACCGAGGCAGGGGGCGCUCCUGCGCCGGGUGCUGGCGCGGAGGCAGCCGGGGAGGUUGGGGCCGGGGAGGCUGGGGCCGGGGCAGAGAAGGCGGAAAGGCCGGAAUGGUGGAAUCACGAAUUCGAGGUGCAGCUACGGAAGGAGCGCGAGGAGGCGCUGCCGCUGAUGACGUGGCAGCUGUACCUGCACGCGCUAAUGCACGUGGGGCCGCCCGUGCAGGCGGUGCAGGGGGUGGUGCGCGCGAUGAGGGAGAUGCGCGGGCAGGGCGUGCAGGCGUCAAAGGAUACGUUCCACGUGCUGCUGCGCACCGCCCUCGCCCGCCGCGACGCCAACGCCGUGCUGCUCUUCCUCACCCAGUGCGUCGGGGCGUCACGGUGUCGUGGGGGUGUGGGGCCGGGAUUGGAGUUUGGGUUGACUAUGAGACACCUCUCUGCCUUGCUCGCUGCACCACCCGUCAUUCCCAGUGUGCCCUGCAACCCCCUCCCCGUCCUUCCAUCCCACCCCUCCCGCCCCGCCCUCGCUGCCAUCCUUCAGCGAUGCCCCUCCCGCCUUCCACCCACUCGCACCCACUCUCCUCCCACGCCCCUCCCAUCCCUCACAUCCUUCCCAUCCUCCCCACGCCUCUCCUCCCAUUCCUCCCAUCCCUCCCAUCCCUCCCAUCCGUCCCACGCCCCUCCCCUCCCUCCCAUCCCUCCCAUCCCUCCCACCCUGCUCCUCCUCUUCACCUCCCCCCACCCUCGUGGCGGCAGGAUGGGAGUGGCGAGGGUGGUACCGGAGGCGGGGAGCUACAGCGCAGCGGUGGUGCUGUGCGCCAAGGAGCGCCGCAUGCACGCGGCCUUGCAGCUCGUGGCGGACAUGCGGAGGGCGCGCAUGGCACCGUCCCCCCGGGCUGUGUCGGAGCUGCUCGCCACGUGCCUGCACACACGGCGCUCCCGGGAUGCCAUCACGGUGCUCGAGGUGGUCAAGGCGCACAAGAUAGAGAUGGAGGGCAGGGCCAUGGAGCAUGCGCUCAUGACCGCCGUGGACACCGAGGACUAUGACUGCGCUUAUCUCGCCAUGCAGCUGUUGCAGGAGCAACGGGACAGUGUGCACGACGGGCUGAUGCUGCACGUGGCCAACAUGGCGGCCAGGGCUGGCCACACGCCCAUCAUAGAGCACGUGUGGGACCGCCUCCUGCGCCGCCCCUACCCGCCCGCGCCCGCCUUCCACCUCGCGCGCAUCCACGCCUACAGCGCCGCACCCAACUUCCCCUGCGCCUUCCGUGCCGCGCUCCACCUGCAGGACUUGCUGCUGCACCCCACGCUCGCCCGCCCCAAGGACCUCCCCCCCUACGACAUCUUCCCCAAGUUCCGCCCCGGCACUCCCGGCGCUCCCCAGGAUGAUUUAUUUCGCUACACGCUGCCCCUGCCGGCCCCGCCUGGUGCUGCGGGUGCAGGGGGUGAGGGGGAGGGGCUGGCGGGGGCAGAGGGGGGGGUGACAGGUGGCAGCGCGCCAUUGGAGGAGCUGAACCCGUUCACGUCGCUGCGGCCGCUGACGCUGGCGCUGUGCUUGAAUGUGGAUGUGCUCGAUAAGGGCUACAGCACGUUGGAGAGCAUGCACGCGCAGGGCGAGGGCUACAGCACGUUGGAGAGCAUGCACGCGCAGGGCGAGGUGGUGGCGCUGGCAGCACUCAACUGCGUGGUGGCGGGGUGUGCCAUGCAGCGUGACGUGGGGCGCGCGCAGCUCACCUUCGAUGAGAUCACGCGCACGUUCCAACUGCAGCCCGACACGCACUCCUUCAACGCCCUCAUGGAGUGCUACUCGGGCGUGGCCGACGUGCGCACGGUGGUGCAGCUGUUUGAGCACAUGACGCGCACUCUGCACCUGCCGCCCACCGCCGACUCCUUCACCAUCCUCGUGGACGCCCACAUCCGCGCCUUCGAUGCCCCGGGGGCAUGCAUCGCCAUGGAUAAGAUGCUGGAGGCGGGCUUCACACCGUCGCGCCCACUGCUGCUGCGCCUGCGGCGGCGCUGCCUGUGUGCCGGGCUGGCAGGGGGAGUGGCGCGCGCAGAGGGCCUGCUGCAGGCGCUGCGCUUCCGCACUGUGAACGCCGACGAGCGCCGCCGCCGCCACCACCUCGCCCAGCUGCCGCCCUCCGUGGCGGAUCCCCGCCUUGCUGCGCGCAUGCAGGGGGCGGGGCAGCGGUGGGGUAGGCGGCGAUGGGGGGAGCAGGGGCAGCAGGAGGGGCAGGGGGAGCAGCACCAGCAACAGUGGCAGGAGGAGCGGCGGCAAGAGGGGGAGGAGGCAGGUUCACCUGGUUUGUGA